AUGGACAAACAAGCACUCAAGAAGAUUAGCAAACGCCUCAGCUACGUGCUGCGGCAUCGUCCCGACUCCGCUGGGCUCGAACUAGGAAACGGAGGAUGGAUUCGCGUUGACGACCUCCUCGCGGCGCUGGCCAGCAAUGGCAAUGCGGUGACACAGCCCGUCUUGGAGCGGGUCGUCGCCGAGAAUGACAAACAGCGAUUUGAGUUCUCCGAGGACGGGCUGCGUAUUCGGGCCCGGCAAGGCCACUCUGCUGAAGUGGAUCUCGGGUACGAGCCGGCGACGCCCCCUGACGUGCUCUACCACGGGACCGCCACGCGCCAUCUCGAGUCGAUCCUCCAACAGGGACUAGUCAAGGGCCACCGCCACCACGUGCACAUGUCGACCGACAAGGAGACAAUGAUCCAAGUCGGGAUGCGACACGGAAAGCCUGUGCUUCUGGCGAUCGAUGCAAAGCGGAUGGUCGCCGAUGGCUUUAAGUUCUGCGUGACUGGUAACGGGGUGUGGCUCACUGACCAUGUCCCUGGCGAGUACGUCCGCAAAGCGUAG